AUGGCAAAGAAGAAAGCAACCAGCAUCCCGGCAUCUACCACUGGUGACAACCCCCCAGAAGUCCGAGCGACAGCGGAGACGCGGCCGCCGAGUCCACAACGAUCGCAACCAACGCCGACGCCACAAAUUCCGGCGAUGGUUCCUUUAGAUGCGUUGGCUGCGUAUCUAAAGCAGCAAGACCCAAACAAAGAUUGGACAACGACCUUAGCCGGAUUUAGCCUGGCCGGAGGAAUGUCGGCGAUACCGAACCCUACCCAAACUGCGACCACCAUGAACCCACCCAUGACCACCCCAACUACCUCAAAUCCCACAUCCGAAAAGACCUCUCCAACAGCAACUGCACCGUCAGAACCCUCUAACCCUUCUCCCAAACACCAACAAACAGAGCCACUCGACGUCAACCCGCUUUCCGCCUAUCAAGACCCCAACUAG